ACGCUUGAAAGUGAGAUGUGUCUUUCACCCUUCGAUCAAGCAGCUCGUUUGGAAUGAAGUUUGGUGCACUUUGGUGUCAACUAUGAGUGGCUCAAAGCCCGAUAUAUUGUGGGCACCACACCAUGUAGACAGAUUUGUUGUGUGUGACUCUGAGCUGUGCCUUUAUCGUACUGAAUCAGUAGGCAGUUCAGAAGCUAAAGCAGGCUCCUUGCGGCUUUCAGAAGAUACCACAGCCACGUUGCUGGCAAUCAAUUCAGAUACCCCCUAUAUGAAAUGCGUUGCUUGGUAUCCAAAGUAUGAUCCAGAAUGCUUGCUUGCUGUUGGUCAAGCCAACGGACGAGUUGUCCUCACUAGUCUUGGUCAAGAUCGGAAUUCUAAAUGUAGAGACUUAAUUGGAAAGGAAUUUGUACCGAAGCAUGCUCGACAGUGUAACACAUUGGCUUGGAAUCCUGUUGACAGUAACUGGCUUGCUGCUGGUCUGGACAAACACAGGGCAGAUUUCUCAGUACUCAUUUGGGAUAUUAGCAGCAAAUAUACCCCAGAGAUAGCUAUGCCAGCAGAGAAAGUGCGUCUUUCUGCUGGUGACACCGAUGCUGGCCUUGUUGUAACAAAGCCAUUGUAUGAAUUAGGACAGAAUGAUGCAUGCCUCUCCCUUUGUUGGCUCCCAAGGGACCAGAAGCUACUGUUGGCAGGCAUGCACCGCAAUCUUGCAAUUUUUGACUUGAGAAAUACUAGCCAGAAGAUGUUUGUGAACACAAAGGCUGUCCAGGGAGUAACAGUUGACCCUCAUUUUCAUGAUCGUGUGGCAUCUUUCUUUGAAGGUCAAGUGGCGAUCUGGGACCUGCGAAAGUUUGAAAAGCCAGUGCUGACCCUGACUGAGCAACCAAAGCCUCUUACAAAAGUAGCUUGGUGUCCAACUAGAACUGGUUUACUGGCUACAUUGACUAGAGAUAGUAAUAUCAUUCGCCUGUAUGAUAUGCAGCAUACCCCUACACCCAUUGGGGAUGAAACCGAGCCCACCAUAAUUGAAAGGAGUGUGCAGCCAUGUGAUAACUACAUUGCCUCAUUUGCCUGGCAUCCAACUAAUCAGAACCGCAUGGUUGUGGUAACAUCUAAUCGAACAAUGUCAGACUUUACUGUCUUUGAACGAAUUUCAUUGGCUUGGAGUCCUACUACAUCUCUGAUGUGGGCAUGUGGGAGGCAUUUGUAUCAUUGCAGUGAAGAGGGAGAAGCUAAUUAUGGAGAGAAGGAUAUUGCCACCAAAAUGAGACAGCGGGCACUAUCGAGAUAUGGACUUGACACAGAGCAGGUGUGGAGAAACCAUGUUUUAGCUGGUGGUGAUGAUCCACAGCUAAAAUCACUGUGGUACACUCUGCAUUUUAUGAAACAGUAUGCUGAAGAUGCAGAUCAGAAACCAUCUGUAAACAAAGUACCUCUGGUAUAUUCUGGCAUUAAAACAAUAGUGAAAUCAAGUGCAGAGAGAAAAACUGAGGGUUACAAACACAGUUGGACUGGGUCUGAUCGGCAAACGGAUGUUAUCAGAUAUCAGAGUGAGGAGAGAUGUCUCGCUCUGCAGCUUUGUGGCUGGAUAAAAAAAGGUCCGGAGAUCGAUGUAGCCCCCUUUCUCAGCUCAUUAGAACAAGGAGAAGAAUGGGAACGAGCUGCUGCUGUUGCCCUUUUUAACCUUGAUAUCCGAAGAGCUAUUGAAAUUCUCAACAAGGGAGCUGCUUUGGGAAAAGGAGAUUUGAACCUGAAUGUUGUAGCCAUGGCACUGUCAGGCUACACAGAUGAGAAGAAUUCUCUAUGGCGAGAAAUGUGUAGCACUCUGAGGCUGCAGCUAAAUAACCCUUAUCUGUGUGUCAUGUUUGCCUUUCUAACAAGUGAACCAGGGGCUUACGAUGGUGUACUGUUUGAGAGCAAUGUAGCUGUACGUGACCGAGUUGCCUUCGCUAACAUGUUUCUAAAUGAUACCCAGCUGCUUCGUUAUAUUGAGAAGCUCACGAAUGAAAUGAAAGAAGCUGGAAAUCUGGAGGGGAUCCUGUUAACAGGCUUGACAAAAGAUGGCGUUGACUUAAUGGAGAGCUAUGUGGACAGAACAGGUGAUGUGCAAACGGCAAGCUUCUGUAUGUUACAGGGAUCUCCAAAUGAUGUUGUUAAAGAUCCCCGGGUGCAGUAUUGGAUUGAGAACUAUAGGAACUUACUGGAUGCAUGGAGAUUUUGGCAUAAAAGGGCAGAAUUUGACAUCCAUAGGAGUAAAUUGGACCCAAGUUCAAAACCUCUUGCACAGGUGUUUGUGAGUUGCAACUUUUGUGGAAAAACCAUAUCGUAUAGCUGCUCUUCUAUACCACACCAGGGACGAAGUUUUAGUCAAUACGGUGUUAGUGGCUCCCCAACCAAAUCAAAGGUCACAAGUUGUCCAGGUUGUCGAAAGCCUCUACCCCGUUGUGCCCUCUGUCUCAUCAAUAUGGGAACACCGGUUUCAAGCUGUCUAGGAACUGGGAAGUCUGACGAAAAGGUCGACCUCAGCAAAGAUAAAAAAUUGGCUCAAUUCAACAACUGGUUUACCUGGUGCCAAAACUGUCGCCAUGGAGGUCACGCUGGUCACAUGCUCAGCUGGUUCAAGGAUCACAAUGAAUGCCCGGUGUCUGCAUGUACCUGUAAGUGUAUGCAAUUGGACACAACAGGAAAUCUAAUCCCAGCAGAGACAUCCCAGAGCUAAACUGGAGAGAAGAACCUUGGAGACAAAGACUGCUUUCUAAUUAUUUUCCUCAAAGCUCACAUCUAUUGCUCAUACACAGGUCACCCGCAGCUUUCAAAGAAAUGGGAAAAUAAAUUGUUCCAUCAGCUCAGCAAUUUGAUGUCUGAAUGGUUUUGAUGUACUUGACAUAAUCGAGAUGCAGCAGAAAUUAGUCUGUUAGUGUGACAUGUUUCAAGGCUGAUCCAGUUAAUUUGAAGACAUUCCUGAGACCAUCUUGAAAUUCUGAAAAUUAUCCAGAAUAUGCACUAGGUGAUACUGAACAGUCCUUGAAUCUGCCAUCAGCAUUCAACUAAUAUUGUUUACUGUCUCUAGCUUUACAGGCGAUUUUAGCUGUAGGCACCAGUGAUAAAUCAGUGAAAAAUACUAGUGAGGUUUUAUUUUCUGAGGUAAUCACUUGUUAAGAUUGACUCCUAAACAAUAUUUUUUAAUCUGAAUGUCUUCAAUUCCAAUAAAUGAGAAUUGAUAUAGAAGAAAGCUGUGCCUAUAUAAUGUGACUUGGGGAAGGAGACUGAUGACUGAGGUAUCUAUAAUUUGCCUUUGCUGAAAGGGGAAGUACCUUUUGCUGAUUUCUCACAAUCUCAAAUGUUAUUAAUGGGAUUUGUGUAUACUUCAGACAAGUUACAGAUAGCCUUGAUACGAAACCAUCUGAUUGCGUUAAUCUCCCCUCCUGUAAUAUGUUUGGGAAGUAUUGCCCAUAGUUGUCCUGGAUUCGGUAAAAAUACUUCCUUUAAUUACCACUUGAUGGACGUAAGAAAAGCCUGUCUCUCAUUCAAGCAAUAAUUGUUUCGGCAGCUGAUUAAUCAAACCAAUUAAACUAAUAAUAUUUGAUAUGGCCCAGCUGCAGCAACAGUGAAACCUAGAAGAGCAUGUUAUUUGGCAAUAGGUAGGAGGCAGUAUUCAGUGAUCUGCUUUAAAAGGAGCUGCAGAGUGUUACCCAGCUUGCACAUGAUUUGAUUUGUGAACAUUACAUUUUCUGUUUAUCAACAUUUCUGAUAACUGCUUUAAGUGUGUGUGGUGGAGAGGGGGGCAAGGGUUGGUAAAUGGGUGCCUUUAACCAAAGGUGUUUUAUUUUCUGUGUAAAUAAAAAGUGUGCAUUUGUAUCACA